AUGGGAAAUUGUUGUAAUGGAAAUUAAAUGUUAGAUCGACACAACCCACAAAUUAUUUUAGUUACAGACUAAUAAAAUAACUCUCUUUAACUUGAUAGAGCUGCCACCAAAAUUCAAUCUUAUUUCAGAGGAAUUAAGGUUAGAAAAGACUUAAAAUCUAUGAAAAAUCAAUAUCAUUGUAAUAAUGAACAUGCACCUUUGACCAUGGUGGCUAAAUUAUCUAGAAUGCCUAAUUAUCUUACUGAAAAAACUAAAAAAGUACAUGAUGAAUAAGGUCCAUUUGAAGAAAUCUUAGAACCAGAUUUACCAAAAUUAGGACCAUAUGAAUAUAAUGAUUAAACAGUCUAUUAUGGUUAAUACAAAAAUGGAUUGAAACAUGGUUAUGGUACACAAAUAUGGAUAGAUGGAUCAAUAUACGAAGGUUAAUGGCAAAAGAACUCUGCUUAAGGUAUAGGUAGAUUAAUUCAUUGUGGUGGAGAUGUAUAUAUAGGAGAAUGGUAGAAUGAUAAAGCUAAUGGAUAUGUAAUUUAUUAUGGAUAAUAGGGGAACUUAUAUACAUGCUGAU